GGGGUGCAGCAGGAGGUGGUUAGACCAACCCCUCACCCUCGGGGUGCUCUGCCUGCUUGCUGGCGGUCAUGGGGCUCCCCAAGAGGCACUCUCACCCUUGGCUGCUCCUCUCCAUGCUGAUCUGGCUCCAGCCUGGCCUGAGCCUGGAGCUGAUCCCCUACAGGCCACAGAUAACAGCCUGGGACUUGGAAGGGAAGGUCACAGCCACCACGUUCUCCCUGGCACAGCCUCGCUGUGUCUUUGAUGGGCUUGCGGACACCUGGGACACGAUCUGGCUGGUAGUGGCCUUCAGCAAUGCCUCCAGCGGUUUCCAGAAUCCGCAAACGCUGGCCGAGAUCCCAGCGUCCCCACAUCUGCAGAGCGAUGGCUACUACAUGACUAUGCCCUUGUUCCUGCACCAGCUGCCCUGCGAGGACCCGGAGGGUGGCAGUGGGGGCGUCCCCGUGCUGCGGGUGGGCAAUGACGUCGGCUGCAGCCAGCAGCACUAUUGCAAUGCCCCCCUGCCCAGCCCUGGGCCCUACAGUGUUAAGUUUCUCCUCAUGGACGCCAGUGGCUCCCCCAAGGCUGAGACACAGUGGUCGGAGCCCAUCGCUCUCCAGCAAGGCAAAGCCCCUGGCUCCAUCGACACGUGGCCGGGCCGGCGGAGCGGCUGCAUGAUUGUCAUCUCCUCUAUCCUCUCUUCCCUCGCCGGCCUCCUGCUCCUGGCCUUCCUGGCAGCCUCGACCAUGCGCUUCUCCAGCCUGUGGUGGCCAGAGGAGGCCCCAGAACAGCUACGGAUCGGCUCCUUCAUGGGGAAGCGCUACACAACCCACCACAUCCCGCCCAGCGAGGCUGCCACCUUGCCCGUGGGUUGCGAGCCCAGCCUGGACCCCCUCCCCAGCCUCAGCCCCUAGCCUGCCCCUGCAGCUGAGGCCUGGAGACAGGGGAGGGUGGGGAGCAAGCACCUGGCCUGCAUUCCUCCACCUGGCCUGGUCCCGACCUCCCCCUU